UGGCUGAGGGAGGACUGACUGACAGAGCUGCCACCUUGCUGGAGCAAAGCAUCACUUUUUGGGGGGGCUUUCAAUGAAUGUGUGAAGACUCGGAGGAGUCUGCAAGUGCUCGUGACAGAACCCUCACCUUUUAAGGAGGAUUGGCCUUCAGUGAAGGAUAUUUAUUCCACUAAAUCCACCUCCCACAUCUACUAUGGGUACACGAGGCGUUCUGAGCUGCCUCAUCCUGACCGCUUUGCUCAGCUUAUCAAACGCCGGGCUUGUGAAGAAAAUCCUACGGCAUCGACGACAGACUCUGGAACCCCCUAAUGAACACAACAUCACGCUGCCGAGCGCGGACCAUCCCGUGGUGUUCAACCACGUCUACAACAUCAAUGUUCCCGCCAGUUCCCUGUGCUCGGUGGACCUGGACGCUCCAGGGAGCACGCAGAUCCGUCCUGCAGACACAGCGGUCUCCUCGGGCGAUCACAUCGUCGAGCACACCGUCGAUGGGGAGAACCAGAUCGUCUUCACCCACCGCAUCAACAUCCCUCGACGGGCCUGCGGUUGCGACAAAGACCUACCUGGCCUGAAAGACCUCAUGAGCCGACUGGAGAUGCUUGAAGGAGAAGUUUCAGCACUGAGAGAUCAGUGCAACGGUGACACGGCCUGCUGCAGCGCACAGGUCACAGGUGAGGUGGGAACUAAACCUUACUGCCACGGUCAUGGAAACUACAGCGCUGAAACCUGUGGCUGCAUAUGUGAGCCGGGCUGGACGGGACCCAACUGCACUAAACCCGAGUGUCCCGGUAACUGCCAGAACCAAGGCCGGUGUGUUGACGGAAAAUGUGAGUGCUUCAAGGGCUUCAGCGGACCAGACUGCUCCUUUGAGGUCUGCCCUGCGGACUGUGGAGCAAACGGCCAGUGCGUUCGAGGUGUUUGCAUCUGCUCGGAUGGUUUCUUCGGCGAAGACUGCUCCUUCGAGGUCUGCCCUGUGGACUGUGGAGCAAACGGCCAGUGCGUUCGAGGUGUUUGCAUCUGCUCGGAUGGUUUCUUCGGCGAAGACUGCUCCUUCGAGGUCUGCCCUGUGGACUGUGGAGCAAACGGCCAGUGCGUUCGAGGUGUUUGCAUCUGCUCGGAUGGUUUCUUCGGCGAAGACUGCUCCUUCGAGGUCUGCCCUGUGGACUGUGGAGCAAACGGCCAGUGCGUUCGAGGUGUUUGCAUCUGCUCGGAUGGUUUCUUCGGCGAAGACUGCUCGCAAACCAAGUGCCUCAACAACUGCUUCGGUCGCGGCCACUGUGACGACGGAUACUGCGUGUGUGCCGAACCCUGGACCGGCUCCGACUGCUCUGAACUCAUCUGCCCCAAAGACUGCUACGACCGAGGACGCUGCAACAACGGCACCUGCUCCUGCGACGAGGGGUUCACCGGGGAGGACUGCGGAGAACGCACCUGCACCAACAACUGCCACGGCAACGGGUUCUGCGUGGACGGCCGCUGCGUCUGCGCCGCCGGCUUCAGCGGAGACGACUGCUCUCGGCUAACCUGCCUCAACGACUGUAACGACAGAGGCACGUGCUUCAACGGGAUGUGUAUCUGCGACAUCGGCUAUCAAGGCGCAGACUGCAGCCAGUUGGCGUGUCUGAACAACUGCAACAACAGAGGCCAGUGCAUAAACGGACAGUGCGCCUGCGAUGUCGGCUUCCAGGGAGACGAUUGCGCCGAGCUUUCCUGCCCGAACGACUGCCGCCACAGGGGGCGCUGUGUCAACGGCCAGUGCGUGUGCGAGGAGGGCUUUGUCGGAGAGGACUGCAGCAUCAAGACCUGCUAUUCCAACUGCUACGGGCGUGGAGAGUGCAUUGAUGGACUUUGCGUGUGUCAUGUAGGCUUCACCGGCGAGGGCUGCGGCGAGCUGAGCUGCCCAAACAACUGCAGAAACCGUGGCCGAUGCGUCGACGGGCAGUGUGUCUGCGACGAGGGCUUCUCCGGAGAGGACUGUGGUCAGAAGGCGUGCCCCAAUGACUGCUUGGCCCGAGGACGCUGCGUCGACGGCAAAUGCGUCUGUCGGGAAGGCUUCUCCGGAGACGACUGCUCGGUGCACGCCUGUCCGGGUAACUGCAACAACAGGGGGCGCUGCGUCGACGGGAAGUGUGAGUGUGAGGGUGGAUACGGAGGGGAAAGCUGCGCUGAGCUGAGCUGCCUCAACGACUGCCAGGACAAAGGCCGCUGCGUCGACGGUCGGUGCGUCUGCGAGGAAGGAUACAUCGGAGACGACUGCUCAGAAGUGUCUCCUCCAAAGGACCUGACUGUUGGCGACGUCACCUCUGACACGGUGGACCUGUCCUGGAACAACGAGAUGCUGGUGACGGAGUACUUCGUGACGUACGUGCCCACCAGUCCUGGAGGACUUCAAAUGGAGUUCACCGUGACUGGAGACAAGACGGCGGCUACCGUCAAAGAGCUCGAACCCGGCCUCGAGUACCUCAUCAGUGUAUACGCUGUUCUGAGCAACAAGAAGAGCGUCCCCAUCAGCGCCAGGGUGGCCACGGAGUUUCCAAAGCCAGAGGGUUUAAUAUUCAAAGCAGUGAGAGAGACCUCGGUGGAGGUGAUGUGGGACCAGCUGGACAUCUCCUUUGAUGGCUGGGAGAUCUAUUUCCGCAACAUGAAAGAAGAAAAUGGAAAAGUCGUCAGCAGCCUUCCACCUUCUCAAAACCAUUUUGUCCAGUCCGGCCUCGGACCUGGUCAGGAGUACGAAGUCUCCAUUAACAUCAUCAAGAACAACACCAGAGGACCCCAAACAUCCCAAAAAGUCACCACCAAGAUUGACGGCCCCCGGCAGGUGGAGGUGAAGGACAUGACGGACUCCACCGCUCUGGUCGGCUGGUCUCAGCCGGUGGCUCCAACGGACAGACUCACCAUGUUUUACUGGCCGAGCUCCGACCCCUCUGAUGAAACCAGGGUGGAGAUUUCCCCUCCGGACAAGCAGCACAACAUCGACGGUCUGAGGCCGGACACCGAGUACACGGUGUCGCUCGUCUCCGUGCGUGGAGAGCUCGCCAGUGACCCGGCCACCACCACGUUCACUACAGCCCUGGACGCCCCCGUGGACCUGCUGGCCGUGUCCGCGACGGACGACAGCAUCACUCUGGAGUGGACCAACGGUCAGGCUGAUGUUGGUAGCUAUCUGGUUAAAUACACCCCCAUCUCUGGAGCGACUCACGGAGAGGAGCUUAUCCCACGAGGACCCGGAGACACCACAAAAACUACCAUCACUGGGCUAAACCCGGGGACAGAGUAUGGGAUCGGUGUGACUGCUGUGAAGAACGAGAGAGAGAGCAUCCCUGCUACUACAAACGCUGCAACCGAUAUCGAUCCUCCCAGAGAUUUUAAAGAAACCGAGUCCACAGAGACUUCCCUCAGCUUGAGGUGGCAGAAACCUCGGGCCAAGGUCGGCGCCUACAGGCUGGUGUACGUCUCCAAGGACGGCCAGGCCGGGGAGGCGGAGAUCCCGCCCGCUGCGACCAGCUACGUCUUGUCCAACCUGACUCCCGGAAUGAGCUACAACAUCACUUUGACUGCGGAGAGGGGCCUCAAGAGGAGCACACCUGUCAUGUUAUCUGCAUCCACAGAGGAGCUGAAGCCCAUGGUGGUGAACCUCACCACCUCUGACAUUACAUGGGACGGCUUCACUGCGUCCUGGAGCCCCAUCGGUGGGGAGUUUGACAGCUUUGUCAUUGAGGUAACAAACCUGGAGAAUUUCGAGGAGAGCCAGAACCUCAGUCUGUCCGGAGACGCUCUCAGCCUGGGCCUCUCCGGGCUCAACCCCAACACCAGCUACAUGGUUGGGCUGUUUGGGAUGUAUCAGGGCUCCUUCCUUGAACCCGUGUACAUUGAAGCCACCACAGAGGCUGAGUCGGAGGUGGAGCAUCUCUUUGUGUCGGACAUCACGGCCGACGGUUUCCGUCUGUCGUGGACGGCCGACGAAGACUUGUUUGACAGAUUCGUCAUCAAAAUAAGAGACGGCAAAAGAUUAGCCCACCCUCAGGAGUACAGCGUCCGCGGCGCUGAUCGGACCAAGGUCUUAACGGGACUCAUGAGCGGCACCGAGUAUGAAAUCGAGCUUUAUGGCGUCUCGUUGGACCAACGCUCCCAACCUAUUACUGGGGUCGCUCAGACAGGUCUGAGCACUCCAAGAGGACUUAGCUUCACCGAGGUGACGGAGUCCUCAGCUGUGGUUCACUGGUCCAUGCCUCGCUCUCCAGUGGAUAACUACCGCAUCACCUACCUGCCCUUUGAAGGAGGAAGCCCACUGAUGGUGACGGUUGAUGGCGACGUGUUUGAGGCUUUGCUGCCCGACAUGAUUCCUGGAAAAAUGUACCAAGUGACUGUGAGCGCUGUGAAGGGUCUGGAGGAAAGCGACCCCAGCACUGACACCGUGAUCACAGCUCUGGACAGACCUCAGGCUCUGACUCCAGCUAAUGUCACCCACACCUCCGCCCUGCUGGUGUGGCAGCCGUCUGUGGCCACUGUUGAUGGCUACGUCAUCACUUACAGCGCUGAUUCAGUGUCCCACAUGGUGGAGCACGUUUCUGGGAACACGGUGGAGUUUGAGAUGGGCUCCUUGGCUCCAGGAACCCACUACACUGUUGGAGUUCAUGCUACGAAGGAAGCUCAGAGGAGUGACUCUGCUGUUACUGAAUUCACCACCGAUGUGGAUCCUCCUCGUGAUCUGACGGCUGUAAACAUUCAGACUGACAGUGCGACUCUCACGUGGAAACCUCCGCAGGCUGCUGUGACCGGUUACACGCUCACCUUCUCCUCAGCUGAUGGUUCAAUCAGGGAGGUGGUGCUCAGCCCGACGGCGUCCUCUUACAGCAUGGCUCAGCUGACCGGCUCCACAGAGUACAACGUCAAACUCCAGGCCAUCGCUGGAGCACAGAGGAGUCGUCACGUGACCACCGUCUUCACCACCAUCGGACAGCUGUACAGACGCCCUAAAGACUGCGCUCAGACUCUACUGAACGGAGAGACGACCUCUGGACUCUACCCCGUCUACGUGGGAGGAGAGGAGAGCCAGCCCAUCCAGGUUUACUGCGACAUGACCACGGACGGCGGAGGAUGGACGGUUUUCCUCAGACGCCAGAAUGGAAAGUUGAAUUUCUAUAGGAAUUGGAAGAACUACACCGCUGGCUUCGGUAACUUGAAUGAUGAGUUCUGGCUGGGUCUCUCCAACCUCCAUAAAAUCACGAAUUCUGGCCAUUAUGAGAUGCGAGUGGACCUGAGGGACGGCGGGGAAUUGGUCUACGCUCAGUACGAUAAGCUCACCAUUGCAGAGCCAAGAACGCGCUAUAAAAUCUACUUAGGGGCGUAUAGUGGAACCGCAGGCGACUCCAUGACGUACCACCAGGGCCGACCCUUCUCCACCUUCGACAACGAUAACGAUAUCGCCGUCACUAACUGCGCCUUGUCGUACAAAGGUGCCUUUUGGUAUAAAAACUGUCAUCGUGUCAACCUCAUGGGAAAAUAUGGCGACAACAGUCACAGUAAGGGGAUCAACUGGUUCCACUGGAAGGGCCACGAACACUCAAUUGAAUUUGCAGAGAUGAAGCUAAGGCCGGCCAACUUCAGAAAUUUCGAGGGCAGAAAAAAGCGAUCGUAGACUCCACAAACCCCGCCUCCUCCUCGUCUACACCUCAUCUCCACCCCACCCCCACUCUCUCGAGCCUCGACGGCAGUCAUGAACUUUCCAUAUUCCCUCAUCCUCAAAUCAUUCUGUAAAAUACACACAAAAACAAAAGACAAUCACACUGAAUGUAAUUGAAAUUAUGGAAUGAACCUGGUAACAUUUACACCAAAGAAUCCAACUGUUUUUUUUGUGAAGCCAUCCCAAUUUGGCACAGGUGCGUAUGUGUGAUGAUGAGCAUAAAUGGACAUACAGUACAUGUGUUAUUGCAACCAAACAUCUGUUAUAAUAUGAGGAAAUCAUUGUAGAAGUGUGUAAAUGGAUCCACUGAAUCGGUUACAUGUCAAGGGCACAUAGUCAGAAGGCGUCACAUCCCCUAAAAUAUAGGAAAGGUAAUUAAAUGUUCAUUUUCUCAGUCAUGUAAAACAGAGUUAUAGGUUAAAAGUUAUCGGGCGGCUGUGGCACAUGAGGUAGAGCGCUUGACCUGCAACCACAAGGUCCGUGGUUCGAACCCCUCCACAGGCAACAUGCCGAGGUGUCCUUGAGCGAGACACCUAACCCCAAAAUUGCUCCCCGGGCGCUUCAUUGCAGCCCACUGCUCCUCCGGGAUGGGUCAAAUGCAGAGAACUGAAUUUCCCCAUUGUGGGACUAAUAAAGGCUUAAUUAUUAUUAUUAUUAUAAAUUAAGAAAAUGAUGCAUCUUAAUGAAAAUAAUGAACUCUAUGAAAUGUAAUUUGGAGACCACUUAUACCGCUGAAAUCAUAUUUACAUUUUUA